GUUACUUGGGAAAGGUCACGGGAGUGCCGCGCGCCUCCGUGCGUGACGUAAGCGCCGUCGCCGUCCUGCCCCUGACGUCCUCUACGUCGCCGUGCCGCUUGGGUCAGGCUGGUCGCAGGUGCUGCCGCCAUUUAGCUCGCGCUGUCCAGAGGCUGCAGCUGCCGCGACGUCCGCCGGUGCCAGGAGUGGGAGAGACACGUGAGCCCCUCACCGCGGCCGGUCGCCCCCUGUUUCUUGUAGUCGCCCCCCGCCCAUCCACCCCCGCGGUCGUCUCCGCCAUCAUGCAGUCGUCGCUGCGGGUGGCCGUGGUGUGCUCGAGUAACCAGAACCGGAGCAUGGAGGCACACAACAUCCUCAGCAAACGAGGGUUCAACGUGAGGUCCUUUGGAACUGGCACUCACGUGAAGCUCCCGGGCCCAGCACCCGACAAGCCCAAUGUGUACGAUUUCAAAACCACCUAUGACCAGAUGUACAAUGAUCUUCUUCGAAAGGACAAAGAGCUCUAUACACAGAACGGCAUCCUGCACAUGCUGGACCGCAAUAGAAGAAUCAAGCCGAGGCCUGAAAGGUUCCAGAACUGCAAAGAUCUCUUCGACCUCAUCCUUACCUGCGAAGAGAGAGUCUAUGACCAGGUGGUGGAAGACCUCAAUUCCAGAGAGCAAGAGACCUGCCAGCCGGUGCAUGUGAUUAACGUGGACAUCCAAGACAACCACGAAGAAGCCACUCUAGGCGCCUUUCUCAUUUGUGAGCUUUGCCAGUGCAUACAGCACACUGAAGACAUGGAGAACGAGAUAGAUGAGCUGUUGCAGGAGUUUGAGGAGAAAAGUAACCGAACUUUUCUCCACACCGUCUGCUUCUACUGAAGGCCUGAUCCGGUUCGCCGGCCCUAGGGAGUGCAGGGAAGCAUGCGGGUCAAGUUUUUCUGCCCAUUCCCUACUUCUCUCUGAGGACGGGCUUCGAACCAUCUUUUUGUUAAUUCUUUUUUUUUCCUUCAUGGUGUUUUUUUUUAUGGCAGGAUUGCCAAACAACAACAACAAAAAAAAACUGUACAUAUAAAAGGAGAGAGAUGCGUUAAAAAAGGUUUUUUCCUAUCCCACUUUUCCUUAUUAUAAGUGGGAUAGUCAUGAGGACUUUUUUUUAUGAAAAAAAAAGUUUUUUUAUUUUUUCCAGCCUAUUCAUUUUAAGUGUAUAUUUUUUCCCUGCUGCUUAAAUUGGCUGGAGUAUACAAAAACUUGAAUUAAACAGUGGACUGUAUAAGUACUACAUAAGGACUUGGAAUUAUCCACCAGGCUACCCUCUGCCUUCAGAACAAGAAUUAAUUGCUCCCUUGUUCCAAAAAUGGGAUCCAGUCAUCUUGCACUAAGGGGAAGUUGUGGAUCAAAAGCCUGGACUCAGGAUCAGUCCUGAAAAAAGAAACUUGACACUGGGUAGGGGAACAGUUGCAGAACCACCAUUUUGAUGGACCAUGGUAGGCCCAACAAACAUCGCCAAGGACCCUGGCCCUCCCCAGGGCCAUCUUACCGAAGUUGCUAACAUCUUACCGAAGUUGCUAUUGGACAAAUCUGUUCUUGGUGUGCUUAGAAGUUCAGCUCAGACUCCAAGCACACCUUAUUGUGGUUGGUUUUGCUUUGAGAUUUUUAAAAAAGUUCCCACAAGGGUUUUUUUUUUCUUUUUGGUUGUUGUUUUAUGACUUUGAGAGAAUCUUCUGAGCAGGAGGAGUCAGCUUAGAAAGGUGGAGUGCCUGUUCACAAAAGCUUCCUUAUCAUCCUGGAGAGUGCCUCCAACUUCCUUGUCCCUUGAUUAUUGGAGGGCACAGAUGCACAGCUCAGAAUCACUUUAUUCUGGCUGCCAGUGUCUUUACUUUUUAAAAAAUACUCUGUUUACUGUUUGGAGCAACAAAAAUGCUCCCUUCGUGCCAGGAGGAGUAGGAUAAUUUACUGAAACUAUAGAGGUCAGGAAGAUGGCCUUGAUUCAAAAGCCUUGGUGCUAUACCCAGUUGGGUAUGGUACAUCAUGGGGUCUAACUCCCUAACUCUUCCAAAGCCUGCAGAAGAGAAUGGGAGAAGCAGUUUUCUGAAGAUCCCUGGAAGGGGAUGGCAGUCAUGAAUUUUGGCAUCCAUCUCCCAAAGGUCUAGGAUGAGACCUCAGAACUUCUUGUUUUUCCUAAUAACUUUUAUUGGAUCUGACAAAUACAACUCACCUAUUUUUCCUGUCUUCAGUGGCAGCCUGUGUUACUUCUUGAGAAAAAAAGCAAUCGUAUUGGAAAAGAGAAGAAAAAGGGCUAAAGGAAGUUGAAGCCCAAGAUGUGGAUGUCUCUCAGACCAGCCGAUGAGUCACUGUGUGGGAGAACAGAAGAUGAUUCUAGAAAAAGCUUCGCUGCCACACUCAUCAAACCAUAUCUCUGCCAACUGUGAACCCUUCCGCUGGGCUUUCUGAGUGCCUGCUCUACCCAAGGAUACAGCAAUUAUGUCUAACUACCAGAGUCCUGGGGAAAAAACAUCUUUCAAAGACAAAAUAUGCUUUUUCAAAAAUGGGACACUUGUCCUGCAUUACUGCAUACACCUCUUUGGGCUGUAAAAAUACAGUAAAAUUGCUUUCUUCCUCACUGCUCCAUAUACAUCUCUUCUCUUUUCCUUGAUUGCCAAAUAAAAUGUUCUCGAGGUAAACAGGCA